GAGAGAGAACAAGGAAAAGGAAAAACAGAGUAGCAGACAGAAUUUGAAAACAAAGGCUAAAAUUUUAAGAAACGAAGAUCAUUGGGUGUGAAAUAUAUGGCAGAGGUUGUCUUGAUAGUUGAUGAUUUGAAAUUACUUUUUGGGAUUCCUCGUUGUAGAAUAUGUCAUGACGAAGAGUUUGAAAGCUGUGAAAGCUUGGAAGCACCUUGUGCUUGUUCUGGGACUGUUAAGUUUGCUCAUAGAGAUUGCAUACAGAGAUGGUGCAACGAGAAAGGAAAUACAAUUUGUGAAAUAUGUCUCCAGCAAUAUGAACCUGGAUAUUCAGCUCCGCCAAAGUCCAAAAUAGAUGAUGAAGUAAUAUCCAUUAGGGGGGAGGAAGAACCGUCCAACGCAAGAAUAGAGGGUAUGGUUGAAGGAGUUGCAAUAGAAAGCAAUUACUCUGAAUGCAGCUCUGCCGCGGACAGAAACGCGUCUUGCUGUCGAUCACUAGCAAUAGCUUUUACAAUUGUCCUACUUGUAAGACAUCUUUUCGCAGUGCUUACAAAUGGAACGGAAGAUUACCCAUUUACACUUCUUACAGUCAUUAUACUAAAGGCUAGCGGAAUUAUUAUACCCAUGUACAUAGUUAUCAAGAUAAUCGGAGUCAUUCAGAACAGUAUUCAGCACUAUCAGGAUUCUUACUAUGACACGUCAAUGUCUGACGAAGACGACGAAAGUGAGACACAGCAUAAUGCAAAUUUAAGACACUCAUAGAUUAUUUGCUUUAAUGUGUAUGCGAGCGUUAUGAUGAUGCUCGUCAAAAUUCCAACAUUUUGCGGCAUAAUAUAUGAUAAUGGAAUUCUGAUAGAAAUGCAUCUUCCCUUGCCAUUUGGAAUAUUCAUUGUCUCACUAUCACACCCGCCCAAGAAUUAAAAAUAAAGUAUUAACUACUUACCAGUCGUAAGAACAACGGGUCAUACUGUGUUAGUUGAACUCGUAUCACCAUUUUCACAGCAACUAUUUACAAGCACACCGUACAAAAAUGAUAUGUUGAACCAACAUACAAGGCAAGAUUCGACCAUAUCUACCAGAAUGGAUAUCAACGUAGAAUGUGGCCAUAAAAGUAUUGCGCGUUUCUCAAAAGAAUGAAUUACCACUAUUAUCGAGAUUCUGGAUAAUAAUUUAGCUUGAAUUAGUUUAACAUCGCUGCAUUAGUUCUCUUGCUUUAUCCUGAAGUUCUCUUAGGGAACUAACGCAAAUGGUUUCCUGGCAACUCAAAUUUGUAGCAGCAUUGUUCAAUUUUUGUAUGAUAACGGCUAUCUUGUCAAACCAAUUUUGAUUGGCAGAAUUUGUUUCUUUAGACUUCUUUCUGCAUUUACCAUAAGUGGCCUCAAAUUCUCUGGACUUGGCGGCAGCCUUCUGAAGCACAGAAGUUGGAAGUCCUGAAAUAAAGUUAAUUUGUUUUUAUUGGAAUAUGUAUGGUUAAUAAUGGUACAAUACAUUAGAAAAAAUAAGGUUUAGCACAUUCGUAGCAAAUAAUAUAAUCAGCAUAGCAAAUAUCAACAGUUUUCCACAGUGAUGCAAAAGACAUGUAUAAACUGUAAACGUGCAGCCCAUCUCGAUAGUAUAUUUUGAGAUUGCCAGCCUCAAGUUUAUGCUUCAAUAUAGCAAGGCAGGACAAAGACUCAAGAUAUAGCAAGCCUCAAGUUGAAAGUCCGAGAGUAAGUCAAUGAACCAAAAAUUAAUGAACUGCAGAUAUAGCCAUUUAUUGUAACUGAGCAUGCUGAGAGUCAAUAUUUAUUAAAUUAGAGGUUAAGGGAAAAGAUCCAUUGAUUGGAAAAUUAAUCGUUGAAAUUGUGAAAAAAUACAUUUACAUUAAUAUCGAAAUGUGUGGUUAUAAAAUCUUCACUGUUAAAUUUCUAGUCAAUAAUUAUAAUUCUACACCUUAUCCUCUGAUGUAUACCCCUCCCUAAAGAGGAGCAUACUCCGUUCUUGUGAUAAUUUACAACUGCAAAAAACAUACCAGCUAAUCGAGCAACAUUAACACCAUAGCUCUUGGGGCAAGCACCAAGUGUCAGCCUGUAAAGAAAGGUGACUUCGUCUAAACCUGCAAUUCCACCACCAACUUGGCAUGCCAUGUGGCAGAGACAGACCUUUACAAGCACAAAAGGCUAUUCAGAAAUAAAUCAAGUUUCCAAACUAAAACACU